UACUUUCGUGUUGUUUCAGUAUUCCGUUGUCGUUUUUUCGCGGGCAUGAAAUGGUCUGCUGAGUUCUCGCGAGCAUGUGCGAGAUCUAUCAGUUUCAUUGAUUUGGCACGAGAUUUCGCAAAGGCUGCACGGAAGGAGCCAAAAUGGCGGCUCUGGAGGAGGGGGAGGCCGAGAUCAGGGUCACUGUCGGCAUCUUAACAGUGAGUGACAGCUGUUAUCGUAACCUGGCGGAAGAUAAGAGUGGACCCAACCUGAAGCAGCUAGUGGAGGACCCAGACAGGCUGGCGGGGAUUGUGACAGUCCAGAAGUGUGUUCCAGAUGACUUCCAGGAAAUCAAGGACACCCUUCUUGAGUGGUCAGACGUCCUGCGGAUAAACUUGAUUCUGACCACUGGAGGGACAGGAUUCUCCCCGCGGGACGUCACACCAGAGGCCACCAAGGAUGUAAUUGAGAAGGAGGCCCCAGGAAUGGCAGUAGCGAUGCUGAUGGGAUCCUUAAAUGUUACGCCAUUGGCAAUGCUUUCCAGGCCUGUGUGUGGAAUCAGGAAAAACACACUCAUUAUCAACCUACCAGGCAGUAAAAAGGGCUCACAGGAGUGCUUCCACUUUGUUCUACCAGCGUUACCUCAUGCCUUGGACCUACUGGCAGACCACAGACAGAACAUACAGGUCACCCACAAUGCCAUGAACACAGGGGACGCCAUGUCUGCCGCCGCCGAGAACAGCAGAACGCCGGCAGGCAGCACCGACUCCCCCGCCACAGUCAGUGCCACAUCUAUGCAUAGUACUGGGAGUCAUGGAAGCAGUAGCAGCAAGGAAAGUCACAAGCAAAGUAGGAUAGACAUAACCAAGGUCGCCAGGAGACCCAGGUCCUCGCCGUUUGCCAUCAUCCCAAUGGAGAAGGCCAUAAACAUCGUGCUGGAUGAGGCUUAUACGCUGGGCACAGAGAUAGUCAACUACAGAGAUGUGCUGAGUCGGGUGCUUGCCCAGGACGUGUAUGCUCAGGACCCCCUCCCACCUUUUCCUGCCUCCACCAAGGAUGGAUAUGCUGUGAGGGCUGCUGAUGGACACGGGGACAGGGUAGUCAUUGGUGAGACGACUGCUGGUGGACUGCCUGAGUGUGAGGUGACCAGUGGCCACGUGAUGAGAAUCACCACUGGAGCCCCCCUGCCUGAUGGAGCAGAUGCUGUGGUACAAGUGGAGGAUACAGAACUGGUCAAGGAGGCUGAUGAUGGUGCUGUGGAGGUCCAAGUCAGGAUCUUAACAUCAGUCAAAAAGGGACAAGAUGUCAGGCUAACAGGGAGCGACAUUAAGAAGGGAGAGCGUGUCCUUGAGAAGGGGAUCCGCAUGGGUCCGUCUGACGUGGGUCUGCUGGCAGCUGUGGGGGUGACGGAGGUGGAGGUGUACAAACUGCCUAUAGUGGCCGUCAUGUCCACUGGGAAUGAGCUUGUGGACCCAGGCGAGCCUCUCCAACCAGGACAGAUCAGAGAUAGCAACAGGGCCACUCUCCUGGCAGCCCUGCAGGACCAUGGGCUACCCACACUGGACAUGGGCAUUGCUCCUGACAGUCCAAAUGAGAUGCUGCUAAUGCUUCAAGAUUCCCUGAACAGAGCAGAUGUGAUUGUUACAUCUGGAGGUGUCUCCAUGGGGGAGAAGGACUACCUGAAGCAGGUGCUGGAACUGGACCUUAAUGCUCACAUCCACUUUGGAAGAGUGUUUAUGAAGCCAGGGAAACCAACAACUUUUGCCACAAUACAGUAUAGUAGGCAGAAGAAGUUGCUAUUUGCAUUGCCAGGGAACCCUGUGUCAGCUAUCGUAACUUGUAACCUGUUCGUGGUUCCAACGCUGAGGAAGAUGUCAGGGUUCAUGGAACCUAAACUCACCACUGUCAAGGCCAUGCUUUUGUCCGACCUGAAGCUGGACCCCAGACCAGAAUACCACAGGGCUGCCCUUUACUGGCCACCAGACGACCCUAUUCCACUGGCUACCAGUACAGGAAGCCAGAUGAGUAGCCGGUUACUGAGCAUGCACAUGGCCAAUGCCUUAUUGGUGCUACCCCCUCGUACCGACCAGCGGGCCAUGAUGCGAAAGGGAGACCUGGUCGAUGCCAUGAUCAUCAGCAGGUUAUGAGGUCGGCUGCCAGGCUGCCUUCUUCCACCCUAAAGUUGUGUACAUGGCAGUUUGGCUGGCAGAUGUGCAAGCCUGGCUCCUGUCCGAACCUGCAGGUGACUGUGUGGACUGUAAAAGGGAUGAUUCAGACAUCCCCAUCACACACACACACAUAGUGGUGAUGGCAGAAGUUUUUACCUCAUCAAGUUUACAUGGGCAUCCAGAAACCAGUACCUACACACCCCAUGUACAUUCUAAAGCACAGGGGUCAACUGCUACAGUUGAGGGUUAUUGAGGUAUAUAAGGAUGCAUUGUACAAACUUGUACUUGAUAAUCUCAGUGCCAUUGUAAUCAAGACACCAGAGGACCUUGUCUAGAGUAUGUCUGUCUGCUCUUGUGGGAGGUGAAGCAUGAUAUAUGAACCCCCCAAAAAUAAAGGGUCUACAGAAACAUACUGUAACAGUUGAACUGAAAGUCUACAUAUAUUAUAUACACCCACUGAUAGCUUUGAUCAUUGUCAAGCACAUCACUGCCAAUGACAGACAUGGUUACUAAGGUUUUGAUGUGUUGGAAAUUUUAACAAACAGUACUCCUUAAUUGUGAAGCUGAUUUCAUGCCUUCUGAGGCAACAACAAUAGUCAGAACACAAAGUGAAUGAUGUAGACCCUUCUCUGUAUGAAAGCAGUUUCAGUAUAGUGUAAAAAAACAUAGGGCUUCCUCUCCCACAAACAAGGCUGUGGUCCCUCUACCAAUAAACCAACUGUCUUCAUGGUCAACUCUCCGCCAACUGCAACCUUAAACCGGAAGGACACGGUAGAUCAGAAAAAGGAGGUUUUAAAGGGGAAGGAGCAGCAUCUUUUGGUGCGGGUAGCUGUACAUAUGAGGAGUGCGUAUGAGCGCAACACGGGUACUGUAUAGGAACAAGUUUAGGAAUGGUGAGGGUUGUGUGAGGACUUUAGAAUGGUAGGUUUAUGGGAGCUUUAGUGGGCUUUUUGAACAUGGUAAGGUUUGAGUGGCGUGGCAAAAUUAACAACAGCAGCUAAAUCUUUUACAAGGUCCUGAUCAAGAAGGUGACCGUUUCCAUGUUUACCUUUUUCUCCAUUUGGAAGUCUUUAAUAAGGAUGACCACAUUGUGCUGGAGCCUCUCCGCACAAAAGAUCUGAUACCAAAGCAAUCAAUGCAUUUAGCAAUUGCUAGGACGGUUGACUUUUACGGAAUGGCAUUAAGAACAGAUUGGUGACGGGAGGAGAGUGGUGAGAAUCCAAAUACCGUACGUAACUUUUCCGUAGUGAUAGAGACAGCAAGCUGUCUACAGUAAUGGUGGUGUUAACUGAAAUAGGAGUCAACCACGUUGAAAGCUUAAAGAAACCUAAGGAGUGGAAUGAAUGUUUAUGCACCAAUCAAAUAGCAAAUACUCUACCUUGCUGUAUGUGUAACUGACAGUCAUGUUUGAAUUGAAAAGACUACUAGGUGAUUUGCCCAUACAUGAUGUGAAAUGGACAGUGUGAAUGUAGGUGCCAAGAGUUCUUAUCAUUUGCCUUCAGGUCUACGUAUUUUGACACUCAGUACUUGAUAUUUCCUCUUGUAAUGUUCAACUGUAACCUUCUAGAAGUCGAAGGGGCUACACAAGUAGUUGUAAGUUGUUUCCCCACCUAGGCCAGUCAUGUGCUGCAGUCUUCUAGUCUUCUUUAGAGUCAUCCUUGUAGGUCCAUGGUGUGAGGCUGUACAGAACAGUGAUGAUGUGGCACUAGUCUCUAGCACUAUCCAAACAAACCCUAAAUGUAGUGACAACAUACAUCCUACCAUCCUCUCAACACCAGACAGCAUAGUUCAGUCACAUGGACUUUCUUUUGAUGUUGUAUGGCAUUGAACACUUCAGCUAGGUGUCAGAUAGAUGUAACAUCACAUUUUGUAGAUUUGUACAAGCAAUAAGAACUAGGAGACCAAUUUUUCACUUUGCAAGACUUUGUUCAUUUUUGAAGAAAAAAAUGUAAAGCCACACAGAAUGCUGGUCUGGUAGCUCUUUGGAUCUUGGUGGAUCAGAUUAUCAAUCUUCUGCCAUAGAUCAAAUGACAUAAAUGAAAAUGUUUUGAAAUAGUCUGAUUCUUCUGUGUUACAGAACCUAACUACACCAAGGUAAACUCUUUACCAUGUUUGCGACAUAUUGAUCAAAGUGUUGUUGGAAAGUCCACAGCUUUAAUCUUUUGCAUUAUUUGACUCUGAACGGAUCAUUCACAGAGAAAAAAAAAGCUUAGAAUGCAAAAUUCCCAUGAAGAUUGGCAAUGGAAUGUCUGGUCAAUACCUGCAAACUUGACCCGCUUUUGUUAUGUUGUUGAUUUUGAAAGUUUGGACCAUUACUUUGAAGUGUUUAGCAGCCCCAAAAGGCUGACGACUUUUCCGAAUAUCAAAACAAAUAUAUUGGAUUUCUCCAAAGAUCUCUGUGCCAAAAUUCAUCUUUGUGCCAUAUUUCAAGAGUAGACUAAUGGAAGUAGGAAUGAAUCAUUUCCUCAUGGCUGACAUUAGAUUCUGCAGGUUCCUGCUAAGGGCUACAUCAAUAGAAUUUUAAAAAAUUGGGUUCGGAUAAUAAACUACUAACAGGA